GAAGGGAUCUCCUCACAUGACCCGUGUGUUUGUCCCCGUGAUCAACUCCGCCGGGCCUGCCUCCUCCUCCCUGGGCCUCACAGCCUGACCCGGGGGACACGGGCUGCGGCCUGCCCGCCGCCUCCCUGGCCGAGCUCCGACACAUGGACAUGCUGGACCAGGGCCUCGAUUCGGCUGCUAGUCACGACAAAGGACAGGAUACCGAAGAGGCAGUAGAGAUACAUGAAGGAGAUGAGACAAGUGCUGAUGAACAGACUGCUGUAGCCAUUGCCACUGUCCAACAAGCGGCGUUUUCAGACCACAAUAUCCAGUAUCAGUUCCGCACAGAGAACAAUGGAGGACAGGUGACAUACAGAGUUGUCCAGGUGACAGAUGGUCAGCUGGACGGACAGGGGGAUGGUGCUGGAGCAGUCAGUGUGGUUUCUACUGCAGCCUUUAGUGGCACUCAGCAAGCUGUAGCACAGGCAGUCAUCCAGAACCCUUUCAGUAAUGGUGGAAGUCCUUCUGCAGAAACUGUCAGCGGAGAGACACGGUUUGCUUAUUUUCCAGCUUCCUCUGUCGGGGAUACAACAGCAGUAUCAGUACAGACAACGGAUCAAUCGUUGGCACAAGCAGGAGGGCAAUUCUAUGUUAUGAUGACACCUCAAGAUGUGCUUCCUGCUGGAUCUCAGAGAACUAUUGCUCCACGCACUCACCCUUACUCUCCUAAAAUGGAUGGAAACAGAACCCCUCAGGAUGAAAGACGCAGAGCACAGCACAAUGAAGUGGAGAGGAGGCGAAGAGACAAGAUUAACAACUGGAUUGUCCAACUGUCCAAAAUCAUUCCAGACUGUAACGCAGAGAGCAGCAAAUCCGGAGCAGUAAGUUCACAAAGUAAAGGGGGCAUUCUGUCUAAAGCUUGUGACUACAUUCGUGAGCUUCGCCAGACAAACCAGCGUAUGCAAGAAACCUACAAGGAGACAGAAAGAUUACAGAUGGACAAUGAGCUGUUAAGACAACAGUUAGAAGAUCAGAAGAAUGAAAAUACCCUCCUCAGAGCACAGUUGCAGCAACAUGGCAUUGAGCUGGUAGAAGAAACCCACAGGCAGUAACUUAAGACCCUUGUACCUUCGAAGUGAGGCCAAUGACGAUGGAAAAGAUACGACACAAUGGAUUUUUUAUUUCAACUCCCUUCUGUCUACACCAUGUUUCCUUAUUGCCGAAAUCACCUGUCAUCACCCUGCACUUAUCCUAACUGUAAUGCCUCAAUUUUUAUUGUGUCAAAUGAUCUUCACUGAACCUUUUAAAGGAUCCUGGAUUGCAAGACACACAAAAAAAAAAAAAAAAAUAGAGGGGGACAGCAAUGGAUCUUCCUAACUGGAGUGGAUUCUUCAUACCUCUCCCAGGGUUAUUUCACCUUGGUGAAUAUGAGCCUUUACUGCCAGAAAGGUCUGCGUGGAGCUAAGGCAACAUGUCGCUAAGCAG